GCCGUGUGGGCGAGAAGCGUGUCCUGCCUAGGCCGCCGUAGUAUCGAUGUGGCCUGGGGAGGGAGCGGCUCCACGUCAGCCAUCGCCGGAGCGGGAUCGCCGCGGGCAGAGCUCCGCACCGGGCCCGACUCGACCGGACCGGGCUGCUACGCUACCGGGGUUGUCUGAUAUUUGUGUCAAAAUAAUUCUUCCAUUGAGAAAACUUGUAACCAAGAACCAUGACAGCUGCAGAGAACGUGUGUUACACGUUAAUCAAUGUUCCGAUGGAUUCAGAACCACCUUCUGAAAUCAGCUUAAAAAAUGACCUAGAAAAAGGAGAUGUCAAGUUGAAGACGGAGGCCUUGAAGAAAGUAAUCAUUAUGAUUCUGAAUGGUGAAAAACUACCUGGGCUUCUGAUGACCAUUAUACGUUUUGUACUGCCUCUCCAAGAUCAUACCAUCAAAAAACUGCUGCUUGUCUUUUGGGAGAUAGUGCCCAAGACCACUCCAGAUGGCAGACUUUUGCAGGAAAUGAUCCUUGUGUGUGAUGCAUACAGAAAGGAUCUUCAGCACCCAAAUGAAUUUAUCCGAGGGUCUACUCUCCGUUUUCUUUGUAAGCUGAAAGAAGCAGAACUGUUGGAGCCUUUGAUGCCAGCCAUUCGUGCGUGUCUAGAACAUCGUCACAGCUAUGUGCGCAGAAAUGCAGUUCUUGCAAUUUACACGAUUUAUAGAAAUUUUGAACAUCUUAUACCUGAUGCUCCUGAAUUGAUCCAUGAUUUCUUGGUGAAUGAGAAAGAUGCAAGCUGCAAAAGAAAUGCUUUUAUGAUGCUAAUUCAUGCAGAUCAGGAUCGAGCUUUGGAUUAUUUGAGUACCUGUAUUGACCAAGUACAGACAUUUGGUGACAUACUGCAGUUGGUUAUUGUUGAACUAAUUUAUAAGGUCUGUCAUGCGAAUCCAUCAGAGAGAGCUCGGUUUAUUCGCUGCAUCUACAACUUACUGCAGUCAUCAAGUCCUGCAGUGAAGUAUGAAGCUGCAGGUACUCUAGUUACACUCUCCAGUGCACCAACAGCAAUCAAGGCAGCUGCCCAAUGCUACAUAGAUUUGAUUAUUAAAGAAAGUGAUAAUAACGUGAAACUGAUUGUUUUGGAUCGUUUGAUUGAAUUAAAGGAGCAUCCCUCCCAUGAACGAGUGUUACAGGAUCUAGUUAUGGACAUCCUCAGAGUGUUGAGUACCCCAGAUCUGGAAGUGCGCAAGAAAACCCUUCAACUAGCUCUGGAUCUUGUCUCUUCAAGAAAUGUGGAGGAGCUUGUGAUUGUUCUGAAGAAGGAAGUGAUUAAAACUAAUAAUGUGACAGAGCAUGAAGAUACAGACAAGUAUAGACAGCUGCUUGUUCGUACAUUGCAUUCCUGUAGUGUUCGGUUUCCAGAUAUGGCUGCAAAUGUUAUUCCAGUGCUGAUGGAGUUCCUUAGUGAUAAUAAUGAAGCGGCAGCUGCUGAUGUCUUGGAGUUUGUGCGGGAAGCGAUCCAGCGAUUUGAUAACCUCAGACCUCUUAUUGUUGAGAAGAUGCUUGAAGUCUUUCACGCUAUUAAAUCUGUCAAGAUUUAUCGAGGAGCUUUAUGGAUCCUUGGAGAAUAUUGCAGCACAAAGGAAGAUAUACAAAGUGUAAUGACAGAAGUUCGCAGAUCCCUUGGAGAGAUCCCGAUAGUAGAAUCAGAAAUCAAGAAAGAAGCUGGUGAGCUAAAACCUGAAGAAGAGGUGUCUGUGGGUCCAGCCCAAAAAUUGGUGACAGAGAUGGGCACUUACGCAACACAGAGUGCUCUCAGUAGUUCCCGACCUGCCAAAAAGGAAGAAGACAGACCUCCAUUACGAGGAUUCCUGCUUGAUGGUGAUUUCUUUGUUGCAGCUUCUCUUGCUACAACUUUAACUAAGAUUGCUUUACGAUAUGUGUCACUAGUUCAGGAAAAGAAGAAACAAAAUUCCUUUAUCGCUGAAGCUAUGCUACUGAUGGCCACUAUUCUCCAUUUGGGAAAGUCCUCUCUUCCCAAGAAGCCAAUUACAGAUGAUGAUGUGGAUCGUAUUUCCUUGUGUCUGAAAGUUCUGUCAGAAUGUUCUCCUCUCAUGAAUGACAUUUUCAACAAAGAAUGCAGGCAGUCCCUCUCUCAUAUGCUCUCAGCCAAGCUGGAAGAGGAGAAACUUUCCCAAAAGAAAGAAUCUGAGAAGAGAAAUGUGACAGUUCAGCCAGACGAUCCCAUUUCCUUCAUGCAGCUUACUGCUAAAAAUGAAAUGAGCUCAAAAGAAGACCAGUUUCAGCUUAGCCUUCUUGCAGCAAUGGGAAACACACAGAGGAAAGAAGCCGCUGAUCCUCUUGCAUCCAAACUCAAUAAGGUUACUCAACUGACAGGUUUCUCAGACCCCGUCUAUGCAGAAGCGUAUGUCCACGUCAAUCAGUAUGACAUUGUGCUGGAUGUGCUUGUGGUCAACCAGACUAGUGACACUCUGCAGAACUGCACGCUAGAACUAGCUACGCUAGGUGACUUGAAACUUGUGGAAAAACCAUCUCCUCUGACACUUGCUCCACAUGAUUUUGCAAAUAUUAAAGCUAAUGUCAAAGUCGCCUCAACAGAAAAUGGAAUAAUUUUUGGUAAUAUCGUGUAUGAUGUCUCUGGAGCAGCCAGCGACAGAAACUGCGUGGUUCUCAGUGAUAUUCACAUUGACAUCAUGGAUUACAUCCAGCCUGCUUCUUGUACGGAUGCGGAGUUCAGACAAAUGUGGGCAGAAUUUGAGUGGGAAAACAAAGUUACAGUGAAUACCAAUAUCAUUGAUCUAAAUGAAUAUUUACAGCACAUACUGAAGUCAACCAAUAUGAAAUGUCUGACUCCAGAGAAGGCGCUUUCUGGUUAUUGUGGCUUUAUGGCAGCCAAUCUUUAUGCGCGUUCCAUAUUUGGAGAAGAUGCACUUGCAAAUGUCAGCAUUGAAAAGCCAAUUCAUCUUGGACCAGAGGCACCUGUCACUGGUCACAUACGAAUCCGUGCAAAGAGUCAGGUAACGUGGCUUCUGUUUGAGCGGUGUUUCUCCUUGUCAUUUUUAAGAAAAUGUACUGAGCACUCAAAAAAUCUGCAAAUUUUUGGACAUCAGUUAGUUUCUAGUAAAUGUCAGUUAGUUUCUAGGUAAAUGGGAAAAUUUUUAGGGAAGAUGAAUAUAGAAACUUCAGCUUUAGUUUUGAAAAAACUAUCUUAUACACACUUUGUGAGGAAAGAAAGGCUUUUAAUUAGGUGUAAUAAUACCCUAAAGCCAUGUUGUACAUCUUCUCUCCCAGUGCAUUAUCACAAAACUAGGCCUUUGGGCCAAGAUUUUAUUUUAUCCACAGUGCUGCAAAUAGGAUAGUAUACUUGAUUUGCUUUUAAAUAAAAAGCAAAUGCUCCCCAAGGUUCCAUGAUCUGUUUCCUACUGAUUUAUACAUUUCAAUUUCAUAUAACAAGGAAAUUUUAUGCAUGUAAUUGCUGUUUGCUGGUUCUUUUUAAAAACAACAGAACAAACCCCAAAGUCUUUCAGUAGAAUUAUUUUCUAAAGGUACAUCUAUGAGUCAUCUUGGGAUUUUAGAACUUAUACCUCCUGACUAAAAAAAGUACAACAUUUGGACUGUUUAAUAACAAAACAGUUAGUGUACCAAUAAAAGUAAUUUAAACAGUGUACAAUUAAGGACUGCCUAAGAAUUUUCACAUUUAUAACACAAAACGAUUUAGUUCAUGUGAUGUCAUUGUAAAGAUUUCAGAGUGGUUUAAUGUUUCUGGUAUGUUUACAGUGGCAUUUUUACAUUACACUGCAUUCAAUUAUAUAUGCCAGCUUAGUUUCAUGUGGAGAUCAUUCUGUUGUUGAUUAGGUGGAUUUAUUUGUGCAGUUUCUUUUGAGAGUUCUUCAGUUUCUGUGCAAUAUUAAAAUGGUUCUGUAUUUUCUAUAGCUUUAGUGCAUUGAGUGCUAGUAUCAGCACUGAGACUUUGAACAGCUGAAUUCCAGUAACUGGGCUGACAGUUGUCACUUUUUCAGUGGCAGCAUACUUUCAACUGGUGGGAGAUCAAAAGGCUUACAGUCUUUUUUUAUUUUUCUGCCUUUUGUAUUGAUAACAUAUUUAGCAGUUGCUAGCUCAAAUUUAAGUUUCAUUAUUUCAAUAAUAUAUGUAGAUCUAAUCUUUACCUAGCGUUAAGGCAUGCACUAUGACAUAUAUAAAUAAAUGAGCAGUUAGAAAUACUUUUUAAUGUCAUGAAUGUCGUCUUUCUUUUCAUUACAGGGAAUGGCCCUGAGUCUUGGAGAUAAAAUCAAUCUGUCUCAGAAGAAAACAAGUUUAUAAGUUUUACCUAUUGUCUUUUCAGGUCUUUUACAAUUUAACCUUAGGUAUGUGGCUUUCGGGAUCCAGAACAUCUUGUAUUUUUCAGUCUUCUGUAAUUGUAGAAGCCAAGCUUUUGAGCUGAAAGCAUUCCAGCAGAUAAUUUAUAGGUUCCUCAUGAUUGAUACUGAGCAAAAUUUUAAAUCUCCAGGGUUUUUUUCUUUGUCCUGGAAGUCAUGUUUUCUUUGUCUCUAAUAUACGCUGAUGCUCACAGUACAAUAAACAAAUUAUGCCAG